AUGCCUCAGCAAGCCGGUGUUCGUGCACCACAGGAUGAUUGGACGGGCGUCAUAGAUCGAAAAGAGCGCAGGAAAUUACAGAAUCGGUUGAAUCAGCGACUCUAUCCAUCAACCCCCGGCAAGCAGAUGAUAGACAAACUUCAAGUGCUGACACCCACCUUGCUAGGCUUGAGGAAGCGGGUAAUUCCAGUAGGACCGCAUUCCGAAACGAGCAUCUUCGCUCCCCCUGCUUCUGUUUCUUCUUCCAUUGAAUCCACCUGGGACAGAUCUCUGCGCGAGUUCUAUUCCGCCACCGCAGAAGUACAUGACAAGUUCGCAUGCGCCAUCGUUCCGCCUCAUGCACUGCAGUUCCGGCAAUGGUUUGAAACGGCAGCCUACCAGAGCUACUUGAACGGCUCUCCACAGAGAGACCACUUGAUCAGUCUGUGCCGCCUUAACGUCCAUCGAGCAAUCAACGAGAAUAUUACCAUGAUCGGGAUGACCCCCGAAUGGAUGAGAAGCGACGAUGCCAUUUCCGUCUUCAAUCUCCAGCAGCCCAGUUUUACCACGGAACGAAUUCCACCUAGCUUACGCCCGACCCCCAUCCAGCUGCAGGUCCCGCAUCAUCCAUGGCUGGAUUUUUUCCCGUUUCCCCGCAUGCGCGACCUUCUCAUUCUCGCAGGCGAUUCGUUCGAUGAUGAUGAGCUGUGUCAUGACCUUAUGGCAUUCUGGGAUACGAGGAACACGGCCGCGACGCUGCUUGUGUGGGGCGACUCGUGGGAUCCAAAGAACUGGGAGGUCACCGAGAGGUUCGCGCACAAAUGGAUGUGGAUGAUAAGAGACUCUCCUGAGCUAUUGGCUUCGACUAACUUUUGGAGGCGAUCACGGGGAGAAAAGCCUUUAGAUUGGAGGCAUAUUCUACAGUCACCGCACAGGCAACAGAUAGAUUUCUAG